GCAUCAGCAGCAUCAGCAGCAUCAGUAGCAGUGGGCUGGCACACAUUCAAAGUGGGCGCACAUAGAGAGACACAGAGAGAGAGAGAGAGAAAGAGAGAGAGAGAUCCGCCGCCGCAUCUUGUGGAUUUCUUUGCGCUCCAGUCCGUUUUCAUGAGUCUCUCUGCUUCUCCUCACCCACAAACACGCCAGGAGUUGAUUUCACUUCCCGUGGAAAAAUGUGGAGUCGCUCAGUUGCGGCGGUCCUGGUUUUACUUCAUCUCAUCGGGGACGCGCUGGCAGGGUUUCCAAACCAAAUCAACAUCGGUGGACUGUUCAUGCGCUCCACAGUUCAGGAGCACAGCGCCUUCAGGUUUGCUGUCCAGCUCUACAACACCAACCAGAAUGUGACAGAAAAACCCUUCCACCUCAAUUAUAAUGUUGACAACUUGGAGUCCUCUAAUAGUUUCUCUGUCACACAUGCCUUUUGCUCCCAGUUUUCCCGGGGAGUUUACGCCAUAUUCGGCUUCUACGACCGAAAGUCCAUGAACACGCUGACCUCGUUCUGCGGCGCCCUGCACACUUCCUUCAUCACACCCAGCUUCCCCAUCGACGCCGACGUGCAGUUCGUCAUCCAGAUGAGACCCAGUUUGAGGGGAGCUGUGCUCAGCCUGCUGGAUCACUAUAAGUGGGAGAAGUUCGUCUAUCUUUACGACACUGACAGAGGUUUUGCAAUCCUCCAGGCCAUAAUGGAGUCUGCUGUAGCCAAUAACUGGCAGGUGACAGCUCGCUCGGUUGGGAACAUUGUGGACCCCACAGAGUACAGACGCAUCAUCGAGGAGAUGGACCGCCGACAGGAGAAACGCUUUCUCAUCGACUGCGAAGUGGAUAGGAUCAACUUGAUACUCCAGCAGGUGGUGACCUCAGGGAAGAACACCAGAGGAUACCACUAUAUCCUAGCCAACCUGGGGUUUUCCAACAUGAGUCUGGACGGGGUCUUUUCUGGUGGGGCCAACAUUACCGGCUUCCAGAUCAUCAACCCAGACAGCCCCAUCGUGCAGCAGUUCCUCCAGCGGUGGGAGCGCUUGGAUGAAAGAGAAUUUCCAGAAGCCAAAAACACCCCGCUGAAGUACACAUCAGCUCUAACACAUGAUGCCAUCCUUGUGAUCGCGGAGGCCUUUCGUUAUCUUCGGCGCCAGCGAGUAGAUGUUUCACGCAGAGGAAGUGCAGGGGACUGCCUCGCCAACCCCGCUGUGCCUUGGAGCCAAGGCAUUGACAUAGAAAGGGCACUCAAAAUGGUCCAAGUUCCAGGUAUGACAGGAAACAUCCAGUUUGACACAUUUGGGCGGCGGUCUAAUUACACAAUUGACGUGUAUGAGAUGAAACCCAAGGGUCCCAGGAGGAUCGGCUACUGGAAUGAGUACGAAAAAUUUGUAUAUAUUAUGGAUCAGCAGGUCACCAACGAGUCCUCUUCUGUGGAAAACCGAACAAUUGUGGUCACUACUAUUAUGGAAGCUCCAUAUGUGAUGUACAAGAAAAACUAUAUGCAGAUGGACGGCAAUGACAGAUAUGAAGGCUACUGUGUCGAUUUAGCUUCUGAAAUUGCAAAGCAUGUGGGCAUUAGAUAUAAGCUGUCCAUAGUGCCUGAUGGAAAAUAUGGAGCCAGAGACCCGGAAACCAAGACUUGGAACGGGAUGGUGGGCGAACUGGUUUAUGGGAGAGCUGAUAUAGCCGUGGCUCCUCUCACCAUAACUUUGGUGCGGGAAGAAGUGAUAGACUUCUCGAAACCCUUCAUGAGUUUGGGAAUCUCUAUUAUGAUAAAGAAGCCUCAAAAGUCUAAGCCAGGAGUGUUUUCCUUCCUGGACCCUCUGGCCUAUGAGAUCUGGAUGUGCAUAGUUUUCGCCUAUAUCGGCGUGAGCGUGGUGCUCUUCCUGGUGAGCCGCUUCAGCCCUUAUGAGUGGCACUUGGAUGAGAACGAUGAGGCCAAAGACCCUCAGAGCCCCCCUGACCCUCCAAACGACUUUGGGAUUUUUAAUAGCCUGUGGUUCUCCCUGGGUGCCUUCAUGCAGCAAGGAUGCGAUAUCUCACCAAGGUCUCUGUCCGGCCGUAUUGUCGGGGGAGUGUGGUGGUUCUUCACCCUCAUCAUCAUCUCUUCCUACACGGCCAACCUGGCUGCCUUCCUUACUGUGGAGAGGAUGGUCUCUCCGAUUGAGAGCGCCGAGGACCUGGCUAAGCAGACGGAGAUCGCCUACGGCACUCUAGACUCAGGCUCCACUAAGGAGUUCUUUAGGCGCUCCAAAAUAGCUGUGUAUGAGAAAAUGUGGUCCUACAUGAAAUCAGCUGAACCAUCUGUGUUUGUGAAGACGACACCGGACGGGGUCUCCCGGGUGCGGAAGUCGAAGGGAAAGUUUGCGUUUCUGCUGGAAUCCACGAUGAACGAGUACAUAGAGCAGCGGAAGCCCUGCGACACCAUGAAAGUGGGCGGCAACCUGGACUCUAAGGGCUACGGCGUGGCCACGCCUAAAGGCUCAGCAUUAGGAACUCCUGUAAACCUUGCAGUAUUGAAACUCAGUGAACAAGGCAUCUUAGACAAGCUGAAAAACAAAUGGUGGUACGAUAAGGGUGAAUGUGGAACCAAGGACUCUGGAAGUAAGGACAAGACAAGUGCAUUGAGCCUGAGCAACGUGGCAGGGGUCUUCUAUAUUCUGGUAGGAGGGCUGGGCUUGGCUAUGACCGUGGCUUUGAUAGAAUUUUGCUAUAAGUCACGGCAAGAGACAAAAAAACUAAAGCUGGCCAAGAACGCCCAAAACUUUAAACCAGCCCCACCAGCAAACACCCAGAACUUUGCCACGUACCGUGAAGGCUACAACGUCUACGGGACGGAGAGCGUGAAAAUCUAAAGGUGAUUCCUAAACCCUACUGGUGCAUAAAGGAUAACAAGAGCCACCCCGACACAUGACCCCCCCACCUACAUCCCCUCCAAAGGCUGGCUUUUUAGAAGUGACGCCUUCCUCGUCAUCUGUCCAGACACAAGCCAAUAAGCCAACAAGUGCUCAUUUGGGGUUAGAAACUGUCACACUAACAGAGGCCAAUGACACAGCUGGACUUCUGUUUGUGGCUGGAAAAGCAAGAAUCGCCUCUUGUAGUGCCUUAAGGAGCAUUUGGGCGUCAUGGCAACGCGGAUCCAACUAAAUUCACUUGAAAACAAGGAACAAAAUGGGGAGAAAUGGCCUCAGAUGCCACCUGGAUGGACAGGUUGUAAUUAUUACUGUUUUAUAUUUUGAAGAAGAGAAAUAAAAAAAGAAAAAAGAAAAAAAAGCCAUGGUUUGCAAAGAAAUUCCUUAAGUCCUUUAAAGACUUAUUUUUGUGGUGAAACCUUACAUAGGAUAAAUGUUUUGUUUAGUGAGGUACAGUCAUUUUCUUGUGUUACUAUAAGAAUAUUUUCAGUGUCAGAACAUUUAGGACAAGCAUCAGUAACAAUAAUAAGGUUAAGGAUCAAGAACUGCAGCGUUUUUUUUUACUCCAUGCUUGUGUGCAUCUGAAACAGCUGAACUGGUUUGAUUUCUCAGACCUUCAACCCACCCUGUAUUUACUUGGAUGCUUGUUUUAAAUUUAGUACUUUGUUUAAAACGGCCAAUUUUGGAAGAAGACAUUUCUACUGAAGAGGUCCGCUUCUUUAUUUCCACUUAGUGCCAUGUUACCUAUAUCAAAAUAAUCCCCAAUAUUUUCGAAUCAAUGGGACGAACCUGUUUUCUGGAAGAUUAAGGAAGAGUUUUAAAGAGCUCCUGGUUUACACUUUGUACAAACUUUUUCAGCACCGUCCUUGCUCAUCUAAGUGAAGAUUGAUGGGACGGUUUUGAUAAACGACGUCUGAGGCUGGAAGGAGAUUCCUGUGUCUAUGCAUUUUGCAGAAGGUGAGCUCUACACCGAGGAGAGGCCAAACAAAUCCAACUACUCUCUGCCAGUAGGGAGAGGCUGACAUUAGGAACCAUUGUUUAUAUUUUUUCAUGAACUGCAUGUGAAUUUGAUGGAAGUUUAAUUAAAAGCUAACUGCAAACGGAGCCCGGUUCAGUCGAAUCUAAAAACAACUUUCAUUUAAUUUCGGUUUGAUUUCUUUUUUUUUGCUGGAGGUGGGGGGGGGGGGUUAUUUUAUUGAUACCUCAAACCGAGAGACUUGCAUGUAUGGACACAAUAAGCCUCUGUGUGGAGGUCCUGUACAAAGGAUUUUAUUACAUUUCCUUAAUAAAAGAAGAUUUUUAUUCAA